GCAAACCUCCCCCGUAAAAACACGAGUUUUUGAAAGGAACGGCGCGAAUAAACUAGGUGGGCGAAGCAAUCAUCGAGAGAAUCGAAUUCUAGGGUUUCCAACUCUCGCAAAUCUCGUCGGCUGAUUUUCUUUUCGUAAGUCACCUUUCAAACUUGAUCUUAUUAGGUUCAAGUAUUAAGUCCUCGCAGAACUGGGUGCCUAUCAAAUGAAAAUUAAUGGUGGAGAAAGCUUUUAUCAUAUUAGCCAUACGGUUAAGCAUGGCCGUCAGCUGUCAUUCUCUUUCCUGGGGCUUUCAUUUUCUCAGCUCCGUAGUCUUCUGGCUGGUAUUUUUGGGGUGGGAAUUGGAGUCGCUGGUUUGAUCAUGGCAAGGGGAGGUGGCACUCUAGGACGUUACCAUAGUUUACCAUGGACAUCGAAAGCAAAGGAUUCUUCCAAUAGGCCGUGCUUUGUGGCUGGGCUCCAAAAUCUAGGAAAUAAUUGCUUCUUGAAUGUAAUCUUACAGGCCCUGUCUAGUUGUUGCUGUUUCUAUCCUUUUCUCCAAAAUAUAAUUGAGGCGGAUGAUUCUGUGGUUGAGGGAAGUGCUGAAAACUUGCCACUUGCGGUUGCUUUGGUUGCAUUAUCAAAAGAGUUGAGCAUCCUUCGAGAUGAAAGAAUUGUACUAAGCCCACGAAGAGUUAUGCUAGCAAUGGAAAGAUAUGUUACUAGCUUCAAUUUGACAAGGCAACAGGAUGCAGCAGAAGCAUUCAUUCACCUUUUGUCUUCUUUGCAAGAGGAAAUUUUGGAUUGUUAUAUUCCGCAUUACGGUUCUUUAGCAGACACCUCUUCUUUACCGGUUGGUAGGAUUUCGAAUCCAGGGGAAGGUGGGAAUGAGUUGGAACGAUGGCAACGACACCUCUUAGGGCCAUUUGAUGGAACCCUCGGCAGCAUCUUAACUUGUAAAAGUUGUUUGUUUCAGCUUUCAGUGGAUUUCGAGUUUUUCAACUGCUUGCCACUUUCACCUGAAUUGGAUGGGAGUGCCUCGAUUAUGGAUAAAUGUACGCUGGAGGAUUGUCUGAAGCAGUUCACUGCUGUUGAGCAUAUAGAGAAUUACCACUGCAGUCGGUGUUGGCAUGUCGCUGCAACAAAAUUUUUAUCUCUUAAAGUAGAAGAAAAUGAGGAAAAGAUUAAAAAGCUUAGGGAAUGUAUUAACCACGAUACUUGUGAUUGCAAAAAGCUCUACCUUCCAGAAGGGUUACCAUGGUCUGUAGAUUUUUCAUGUGCGUUUAAACAGUUAAGUAUUGGUCGCUGCCCGAAGAUUUUAUGCAUGCAUCUGCAACGUGCUUCGAUGAAUCAACUCGGAGAAAUAAUCAAACUUCAGGGCCAUAUUUCAUUUCCAAUAGUCCUCGACAUCUUCCCUUUCACAGCUGCUGCGUUGGGAAUGGGAGUAGACAUUUUGGAAAAAGAUACACAAAUGAAAGCGAAGCAACAGCAAUCAUUGGUCCCUCAUCAGAAUUGUUUUCGCAUGCAAACCAUGCCAUUUGUGUAUGGAUUGCUUGGAAAGCACAUUUCUUUUGUAGAAAGUGUGGGGCCGUCUAUUUACAGAUCAUCAGGGGAUAAUUUCAUUCAAACCUGUAAUGGAGAUGGCUACGACAGCAAUGCAUGUCUGGAGAAUAAAACACAAGUACAAGCUGGCAUUGGGUCAAAAGACAGCAUGCAUCCGCAACAUGAUGAUAAGUUUGGUGAGAGUUGUCAUUUGGUGCCUUCAAAGAGUUACAUGUACCGCCUUGUUUCUGUUGUGGAGCACUAUGGAAAAGCCGGAAGCGGUCACUAUGCAGUUUACAGAAGUGCAAAGGCCAAGUCAGAUGCCGGUGACUCUGAAGGAAAAUUCAAGAUUGCAGAUGUCCAUUGGUUUUACGUCUCAGAUAAUCAAGUUAUGAGUGUUUCCGAAGAAGCCGUUCUUGCUGCAGAGGCAAGCUUGCUCUUCUACGAAAGAAUUGAAGUGUCUAGAUAGAUAUCCUUCUUUUAUCGACUUGCAUCCUAUAUUGUUGCUUUUUAAUUUUGAUGUUUCGAAAGUUAACCCCACAUGCCAUGCCUGAAUUAAUCAGGAGCUUCGUUUACGUCUCAAUUCCAGUGGACGACUAUAAUCGAGUUGGAUGGAAAAUCCAUCAAAUGGAGGAUGUCAGUAGAAUAGAAUGAAAUUGCUGGAAA